AUGAAGGUACUUUCGCUAUUAGCUUUGACCAGCAUCGCCAACAUUGUAUCAGCACAAAACUCAACAGCUUCUCUUCCAUCAUUAAAUAGCACACUCGCAAACAAUGGCACCCGGAGAGUACGAUAUGACACCGGAACGUACGGACCCGAAGUCGAGGAAGUCCAUUACUUCUACGAUCAAUGGCCAAUUGGUCUCGCAGUCUCGAGCACCGGUCGAAUCUUCACCUGCUACACACGCGGAUCAUACGCAUACACAUUAGGAGAGGUUGUCAACACAACAGCAGAAAGAGCGUACCCAUCACAGGAAUUGAAUACCCCACCAUCUGGGCUUUAUAGCACGAUCAAUGGCAUCCAAUUCGGGAGCAAUGAUCCAAACUACUUCAUCUCAGUCCAAGCUCUGUUCGUCACACCAGAUGAUACACUUUGGGUUCUCGAUACUGGUCGUCCUACGAUUAAUGCUUCCGAGGCUCCAAGCAUGCCAUAUGCCGUCCCCGGCGGUCCAAAACUCGUCUCGAUAAACCUCUCCAACGAUUCAAUCUCGCGAACGUACACGUUUCCGCCAGACGUCCAUUUCCCGGAUUCAUAUAUGAAUGAUCUUCGUUUCGAUAUGCGAGAGAACGUGACGGAGUCGGGUGGUGGAAUCGCAUACAUCGUGGAUUCGAGUAACGAAGGGAGAACUGGAUUUAUAAUGAUUAAUCUAGGCACGGGCGAGAGUUGGAGACAUUUGACGCAACAUCCAAGUACGUUGCGCGGAUACGCGGAUGUUCCUAGUUACCAAGGAAUUCCAUUUUAUUACCGCUCUUUGGGCAUGCCGGUUGGGUAUCAGCAAGAAGGGCUGGAUGGAGCGGAGUUGAGUCAAUAUGGCGAUGUCAUGUAUUACUCCCCACUGACAUCAAACUACCUCUACUCAAUUGAGACAUCCUACCUCCGCGACAGCCCUUCCAAUGGUAGCCUAGCCACUAUCCGCGCAUUCAACAACGUCAAGAAUCUUGGCCAGCGAGGCGGCGACGCAAAUGGCUUCUCCGGCGACAGUCUCGGAAACGUAUAUAUGCUCAUGCCUGAACAAAAUGCGAUUUACAUCUACAAUUCCACAACCCUAGAAACCGUCCCCUACGUCCGCGAUCCUCGGAUCCUCUGGCCCGACAGCGCGAACGCUGGGUUCGAUGGAUACUUGUAUUUCACGAUUAAUCAGUUGCCGUAUCAGGCGGAUUGGAAUUAUGGGGUUGAUCGGAGGGAAUAUCCGGGGUUGAUUCUGAGGAGUAGGAUGCCGGAUGGGGCGAGUAAGAAUUUGUUAUUGGGGAGUGGUGGUAGUGGGAGUGGGAAUGCGACGAGUGGUUAG